CCCGCGUCCGCCGCCGCCAGGGCUGGUCCGGCCGAGCUCGGAGCCGGCAGCGCGGAGCGACGGGACCCGGAGGAGGAGCGAGGCGCGGGCGGGCGGCGCGGGCGGGAGCCCCCGGCGGCGGCAUGAGGCUCAGCCCGGCGCACUACCUGCUGCCGCUGCUGCCGGCGCUGGUGCUCGGCGCCAGACAGGACUAUGAAGAGCUAGAAAAGCAGCUGAAAGAAGUCUUUAAGGAGCGAAGCAACAUCCUCCAUCAGCUGACAAAGACAUCAAGAGAACUUGAUGGAAUUAAAGUCAACCUUCAGUCUUUGAAAAAUGAUGAGAGAUCUUCCAAAUCUGAUGUUGAGAAGCUUCUGGAAAUAGGUCAAAGACAAAGAGAACAAAUGAAGUCUCUCCAGGAGGUCCUGCAAAAUCAACUUAAAGAGACAUCUGAGAGAGCAGAAAAACAACAAGCUACCAUUAAUUUUCUAAAGACUGACAUGGAAAGAAAGAGCAAAAUGAUCCGAGAUCUCCAGAAUGAGAAUAAAAGCCUGAAGAACAAACUCUUGUCAGGAAGCAAGCUGUGUGGCAUCCAUGCAGAAGAGUCAAAAAAAAUCCAAGCCCAGCUGAAGGAGCUUCGUUACGGGAAGAAAGAUUUAUUAUUUAAGGCACAACAACUUACUGAAUUGGAACGGAAAUUAGCUGUGGCCAAAAAUGAGCUGGAGAAAGCAGCUCUUGACCGGGACUCACAGCUGAAAGCAAUGAAAGAGACUGUCCAUCUCUGCCUGUCAACUGUGUUCCGUAAUCAACCUCCCCCUUUGAGUCUGACCAGGUCAAAUCCAACUCAGAUGCCAGUUCCGCCAGGGUCAGUUGGCCCUCUGAUUUCUGAUGCAAGUAGAAUGCAGCCUCCGCAAACCUUUCCUGGAAGGAAUGAGAGCUUUCAAAUUGAGACAACAAGGGAAGAAAAUCCGAGCACCACCGAGUGCAAUUCUCAAAACCUUUUACAAGAGGGCAGGACCUGCUUAAUGAAGCCGAAAGACAAUCAAUCAAGCAGUGUCACUAUAGAGCCAGCGACUACCCCAAAGAAAUUGCAAAUGCCUCCUUGUACUGAAUGUGAGGUGAAGAAAACUCCAGAAAAACAAUUGACCAGCUUUGAUGGGAGGGCGACUAGAGAAGAAAAAAUACUAUUGCAAGCAACCCAAGAAAAAAAAGAGAAUUUAUUUUCUAGAUGAUCCUUUGAGUUUUCAAAUGAAGUGCCCAGGAUAGAACAAAAAACUGAAGGUCCAAAUUUCCUCCCAAUUCCUCAGCUCUAAUACUCAUUUAAUUCUAUUAGAUGGAAUAUUGCUAGCUUCCAAGUUUGAUGGCUUAUCAUUUCCCCACUGUACUCAGAAAGCCAACCACCUCCAAUGAUUAUGAAAGGAGAGCGGCUAAUUUACUUUCAAUUUAGGUUCACUUUCCCACACACACCGUGUGCUCCAACUUCCCUCCUAGACUCUACGGACCCUAUGGAACGUUAAUCACGAUUUUCACCUUAUAUGUUUUGAGGCAACUUCGGAACGAAUGAAAAGAGAAUUGAGCUGAUAUUUUCUGAAAUUUUUAUAAGAUGUUGAAAGAUGUGAUCAAAUUUGGACAGUUUCAUUUGUAAAUUAUUCUUCCUAUGCCCUAAAUCUCUAGUAUGUGACAAUAAUCAACGUGUUUCUCUUAAUUACUGGCAUGAUCAUGUGGGCUUUACAUGAGUGUAAUGUAUAAAUUUUCAUUUAACAGUAGAUAGCAUUAUGCAUCCUGCAGUUUACUGUGCUAUAAUCAUUGCAUUAUUUGUUUCAAAAAAAAAAGAAUUGUAGCAGAGGUGUUUUAUAGAUAUUUUUAAGAAAUGUUACGGAAGCUCCUUUUAAUAGUCAAGCACAGAAUUUCUUUUUUCUUAGUGUGUUAUGUGACUUUAGUGAAUGCGUUUUUUUCUCGAUCCUUUAAUUGCUUUAAAAUAGAAUCCAAAAGGUUUAAAAUGUUUUACUUACAUGUGCAGAUUUGUCCAUAAAAGAGAUGCUGUCUCUCAUUAUUUCUUUUAAUUAACAGCUCCAUAAAUUGAUGUUGUUUUUGAGAAGUUAACAUUCAUAGCCUAACUACCCUCACAUGGAAGAAAAUAUUAACCUAAAUCUUAAAUUGAGGUAGUAUAAUUCUACUACGUGCCUGUAAUGGUAAGCAGUAAAAGAUUACUUAAGAUUUGAAGAAUAUAAAUUGACUCCUACUGAGAAACAAACAUACUUUGCAAUGGAAUAAACUUGUUUUAAUAUAAGUACUAAUGAAACUAACAAAAAUAUAUUUCUCUAGUUAUUUAAGAAUACUAAUCGAUGCUAUAUAUCCAUUCUAAGUUAGGAAUUUGUUUUGGACUUUUUUUCCUUUUAUAUGCAUUAACUAUGUAAAUUGGAUGUGGGCCUAAAACUCACAAGACCCAACUGAAUGCUGACUGUCUGUUCAAUCCCAACGUGCUCAGAAGAAAAGGGACUGAUUCAGUAAUUCACCUGGUUGUGGUUUUCUGUGUGAUCUUAAAUCUCUGAAUACUGAAUAUACUAGAUGGCUAACUGUUUUUUUUUUAAUUCUUCAAGCAGAUAUUUAGCAUUCUAAUGCUUUUUCAGGCACAGUUCUGUUUCAUAAAACAUACUGGAUUACAAGUCUAAGGCAGUUACGUGAGAAGCAGAUAUUUACCGUUUUAGAUUACAAUGUGGAUAGUUGGAUUAAAACACUAUUUGUGAACUUUGCUCUAAUGGAAUCUUAUUUUUAUAGCUCAGGUACUGUAAGCAGCACUAAUUACAGCAGAGGCUGAAAUUAUUACUGAUGCCAAUAGAGUAAGGUGAGCCGGCCCAACCUAGGGAGUUCUGAAAACAUAGCCUUGUUUACAUAGGGGUCAUUUUCUUAGUCAUGUGUACAAGUCUUAAUUUUCCCCAAACCAUUUGUUGGAUCAUGUUACAUAAUAUUAAUGGUCAAUGAUGAAGAAUAAAAUUUACUGAAAGAUGGCCUAUUUUUCCUCAAUAAAGAUUUGUU